UCCACCACUUCCCUCCCUGUGAUCCAUUCGAUGCCGCUCCCGCUGGGCACGCGCACGGUGGCAACCCCGCCCCGGGUCGUGCCAUCGCCGGAGGUGCGGGGUAUGGCCUCUCCCUUCCUUUGGCGACGCAGCAGCCGCGCCGCUGCCGCCGCCUCUGAGGCUCCAGCCCUGCUGGGGGCGCUGAAGCGUCGGGGCUUCCUGGCGGUGGAGCUCAGUCUUGCGGAGGAGAAGGUGCUGCUGGAGGCGCUGGGGCUCUUUGCCAAGCGCCGGAGCUUCAGAUAUCCGCCGGUGCCGACGAACGCAGGUGACUUGGAGGAGAAGCCAGAGCCAAUGCCUGGGGCCUUCGCCCGCUGCUUUGACCUCCUCUACGGUGUGGCGUGCAGCGCCGCCCUGCUGAUGCGGGGCCGGCGCGUUCGCCCGGAGAGCCUCGCGCCCUGCAAGGGCGGCAUGCCCUUCGCGGGCCCAGGGCCGUGGCAUUUCGGCAGCUCCUUUUUCAACAUCUUCAACUACGACCACGGGUGCCUGAACACCCACAGGGACCGCGGCGUACUGACCGUCGUUUACGGUGCCCCCGACGAGGAUGGGCAGAAGGACGUGACCAGGCUUUGGAUCCGCUCCGCAGAGCAGUGGGUUGCCCCCGAGCCGGGCAGGCUCUUGCUCUGGGCCGGCGAGGGCUUCGGCGAGGCCGAGGCGGUGAAGCAUUGCGUACGCGUGCGGCCGGACGGGCCUCGCGUGGAGUACUCCCACAGCACGCGGGAUCCGGAGGCGCCGGCCAGCGGCAAUCGCCGGAGCGUGGCGCUGAUCCUGGAUGAGUAGCCCCGCUGCGGAGUGAUGGGAGUCCAGGUGCACGCGCAAAACACAUACGCAUGUAUCAAACCCAGGGAGCGCUCCAUGCAAUUCUGGACA